AUGACGGCAACAAACAACAACAGCAACUAUAUCGUUUCUGAUGAAAAAGUUAUUGAUUCAUUAGUUGAGGAAUUAGUUGUGGCAGAAACUAAAACCCUCAACGAAAGAAUUGGUGAAAACAAGAUUGAUUUACAUAACUACCUCAAACAUGAUGGAGGAAGAGGAAGGAAAACUGGUAUGGCUUUAUUAGUAAAUAAAAUUUCAAAUUUAACGAUUAUAGAUGUUGAUAUCAAUAAAUCGUACAAUGAUGAACUUAAAGAAACAGUUAGAAAAGACAUUUUAUCAAAACUUUCGGAUAAAGAUGUUAUCGUUAAAACCGCAUCAGGAGGUCUUCACAUUUAUUGCAACACUAAUUUCUUCUAUUCAACCUCGAACAGAAUGAUUAAAUGUUAUUCCUGCAAUGAUUAUGAUAUUGACAUAAUGACUUCUAUGGAUGAUUCAAAGCGUUCAUUAGUGGUUAUGGCUGAUUCAAGAGUUCGCAAGAAUGCAACAGAACCAAUCAAAACAUACUCAUUCAUUCGUGGAAGUUAUGAUUCAACAUUAACUAGAACAGUAAACGAUAUAUUAAAUGAUUUGAAUAUUAAGGUAAGAGUUGAACAGAAGAAUGAAGAAAUAAAGAGUAUAAUGAAUGAAAACAAAGAUGUAAACAUUGACGAUAAACUUGCCCAGAGCAUAGUUGAUGGCAUCU